AUGGCGCCGCCAGCUAACGAAUCAACAUCUACUACCCAUUAUAAUGACUGGCCAAAUACACAGGGCUUUGAUGUCCGCUACCAAGAGCUUGAGCCGACAGAGUUACCCAUCCAAGGCACAAUUCCGCCCUACUGCGUCGGCGUCCUCUUUCGCAACGGACUCGGCCCUCGCGAUAUCCAGACGGAGAAUCAAACUAUCUAUCGUGUGAGCCACUGGUUUGACUGUUUUGCCCAGGUCCAUCGCUUCCAAAUUCAUGCUCCUACGCCGGAACAGCCCCGGGUCCGCGUCACACACAACUCCCGACUGACCUGCGACGGCCUCGUCCGAAGGAUACAGCGAACAGGAUACCGUGGCGAGAUCACUCUUGGAGCCAAGUAUGAUCCAUGCAUGUCGCUCUUCCAGAAGGCGCAGUCGGUUUUUAAGACCAUUCCACGAGGCCUUCUCGACGAGGUUGAUAUCAGCGUCACUUUGAACGUUAACUUUCCCGGGUUAUCGGUGACGGGCAGCAAGCAGGAGGGGAUGCCCGGGCCAGGCAUACAGACACUCUGUAACCGCACCGAUAAUUCUACUUUCCAGAUGCUUGACCCUCAGACUCUGGAGCCAAUUGGUAUUGCGGACCAAACAGUCUUGCAUCCCUCACUCCGGGGGCCCCUUAGUGCGGCCCAUUGCAAGACGGACCUGAUCACCGGUGAUGUCUACAACUAUAACCUCGACAUAGGCCUAACAAGCACCUAUCGUGUCUUCCACGUUUCUCACUCAACAGGAAAAACCAGCAUUCUUGCAACGUUCAAGCAUGCUGCUACAUACGUGCAUUCGCUUUUCCUGACAGAGAACUACGUCGUGCUCUGUCUUUGGAACGCCCGCUUUCGUGCUGGGGGCAUGUCCCUGCUAUGGACGCACAACUUUGUAGAUGCAUUGGCCGACUAUGACCCUACACAGCGCAGCACUUGGUUCGUGGUUGAUCGUACCCCUGGAGGGCGGGGAUUGAUCGCGCGCUACGAGUCCGAUCCCUUCUUCAGUUUCCACACUAUUAAUGCGUAUGAAGAGCCUUCAUCGAGCGAUCCCUCUAAGACAGAUAUCAUCGCCGAUGUUUGUGCAUACGGCAGCCUAGACGUACUGAAACGCUUUUACAUCGAUAACUUACUGUCCGACUCAGCCACAGCCCACCAUUAUGGCGAGUCAAGGAACCACAAGGCUCGCGGGGCUUUCCGGCGCUUUAGACUGCCUGCCGUUCCCGAAGUAUCGAAUCACAAAACCCUCACAGCGGAGAUCGUCUUCUCGAUGGAAAAGGGACUAGGAUCGGAACUGCCUCAAAUCAGCCCUCGAGUACGUGGCUGCAAGUACCGCUACGUAUACGGCGUGACUGACUCGGGAAAAAGUGUUUUCCUGGACGGUCUGGUCAAACAUGAUGUCGUUACACAGACAUCGCUUUACUGGAGUCAGCAUGGGCAGACCGCAAGUGAGCCGAUUUUUGUAGCGGAUCCAGAUUCCGAGGACGAGGAUGGUGGUGUACUCUUGUCCGUCGUGCUGAAUGGCAUUGAAGGAAAUAGUUAUCUGUUAGUUCUCGAGGCAAAGACAAUGACAGAGGUCGGCAGGGCUAUAGUUAAUGGUGUGGUUGGCUUCGGAUUCCAUGGUGCACAUGUUAGGGACAACUAGCUUUUUUUUUUUUCCUUGUCUUCCAUCUCCCUGCUAUGUUGAAUCUUUUUU